AUGAGAGAAGCCGUGGCCAUGGAAACGAUCACGUCAAACGCACUGAAGACCCUCCUCGUGGCCGUGGCCGUGCUCCUGCCCUCGAUGAUGGCCCUUGCGCAGGAGAAUAAGCCCAAGACACCUGCAAGUAUAGAGACCAUCCAGAAGCACAACAUUCAGCUGUUGACAGAGCAACUGAAUCGCGGGUGGAGAGCCUUCUGCGAUGCCCCUGUGGACGAGGGCGUCAUGUCUCUGUUCCAGGGCAUUAAUCCCAGCGAUGCGGCACUCCACGUGAUGACCGUCACGAAUCGGAGCGUGGAGCUGCCCAUCAAGUCGAUUUCGCAGCUGAGAGACUUCGACAUCAGUCCGGAGAGGAAGACCCUCAUCUACGUGAAUGCCUUCCACACGGCCGACAGCUACUUCAGCGUCCAGGAGCACCUGUCGCUGCUGCAGAACAGCCGGCGGGAUCUGAAUGUGAUUGUCGUGGAUUUUGCGAGGGACGUGGCACAGCUCUACUACGCGGUGCGGCAUCAUCUCUCCGUGCACGGAUAUGCCAUCUACAAUGUGCUGAAGGCCCUCAGGGAGGCGGGCAUUGCCCCGCAGGACAUCACGCUCGCCGGACAUUCGGUGGGGGCGAACAUCGCCGCCCUGGGCGCACAGCUCUUCGCCAGGGGAUCCAAGCAGCUGGUGGGCCAACUGGUGGCCAUCGAUCCGGCCACCAUGUGCCGCACCACCGAUAUCCUCGUCAAGCAGGGCGUCGCGGAGCGCGUGGUGGUGCUGCACGGGGAGGGCGAUGUCUUUGGGGUGCGUGUGCCCGUGGGGCACAUCGACAUCUAUCCGAAUGGCAUUGGGUACUUCCCGCGCAGGAAACUGCAGCCCGGCUGCGACUCCAAGAUCUGCAGCCACAUGUAUCCGUUCGUUCUCUUCAUGGAGGCACUCAUCGAGGGCGUCAUGAUCCCCGCCACCAAAUGCGAAAGCUGGGCCAAAUUCCGGCAGGGCGACUGCCAGUUCCAGAACACCCUCAACAUUGGUCUCAUUUACCCUUCGACUGCCAGGGGCCUGUACUUUUGCCUCACGCAACCGAACCCCCCCUUCACCUACAUGGAGCACGGGCUGCGCUACAAGACGUCGCCGGCGCGUACCCGAGAUCCAGAGAAAUCCGCAAAGAGCGGAAAGAAGAUGACCAAGGGAACCAAGGGUUAAUACCGGUUUGGCAAGGGUUAAGC